GUAGGGGAGCGAGAGGUGGAGAGCCACUGUACAGGGAAGAAAAGAAGGGUGGAGAGAGAAUAGCCUCUUCUGUAAAAUAAGCUUCAGGGAGAGGAAGUGAGGGAGGGUCACUGUACAGAGAAAAAGAGGGAGUGCAAGUGAUGCAGAGCAGCACCGUGGGGACCCUGAGGUAAACUGCCGGUGAGGAAAUAUUAAUGACCCUUACAGCGCUCACUGUGCAGCGUCCCACUGGGGAUCGGAGCCUAGGCGCCGGAGAAGCCCUGAGAGAGGUGUCACAUUAAGAGCAGCCCCGGGGUGCUCUCCACAAAGCGCUCCCGCCACCACAACCACUCUCACACUUACACCAGGGGCACGCCGGGGAACGUAGCCACACAGUGGACUGGAGGACAGAAGAGGAACAAGAAGGAUUACACCCAGAAGAAGAGUCCCCAUUCCCCUCGCGACCCCUGACCCCCUGUGCCAACAUGACCAGCUGCAGGAAGAGGUGCAAGAGGGAGAUGUUUAAGUUCGCUCAGUACCUGUAUAGACUCGUCACGGGCACGCUUCAUGCAGACAGCGUGGAAGAUGAGUUGGAGCUGUCGGCCGUCCGCCAUCGCCCCGAGGGUCUGGAGAAACUGGAGGCUUUGACCCGCUUCAACCGCAAGGAGCUGCAGAUCCUCUACCGAGGCUUCAAGAACGAGUGCCCGAGUGGUGUGGUCAAUGAAGACACCUUCAAAGACAUCUACUCCCAGUUCUUUCCACAGGGAGACGCUUCGACAUAUGCACAUUUUCUGUUCAACGCGUUUGACACGGAUAAAGAUGGAUCUGUGAGUUUUGAGGACUUUGUAAUGGGCCUCUCUAUCCUGCUCCGAGGCUCAGUCCAGGAGAAGCUCAACUGGGCCUUUAAUCUGUAUGAUAUUAAUAAGGAUGGCUAUAUUACUAAGGAGGAAAUGCUUGACAUCAUGAAGGCCAUCUAUGACAUGAUGGGGAAAUGCACAUAUCCCCUACUCAAAGACGAUACACCUCGGCAACACGUGGAGAUAUUUUUUCAGAAGAUGGAUAAAAACAAGGAUGGAGUUGUAACCAUAGACGAGUUUAUUGACUGCUGCCAAAAUGAUGAGAACAUCAUGAGAUCGAUGCAGCUCUUUGAUAACGUCAUUUAACUUGUGGCUGACGUGGAGAGCUCUGGACCGGACUAUCAACAGACUUUAUUCUAUCAACUGUACGCUGUUCAGGCAAACGUAUGGAAGUAUUGUCACACAACAAAUACAGUAUAGAUGUAAUGGUAUGAAACAUUCUGGAAUAACUUUGCAAAAAAAAGCCUUGAUGUUUCCAUUCUUACGUUUUCAAUUUGAGUUUUGUGGUUUGAUUGAGUAAAUUGAACUCUUCAAACCUGUGAACAAAGAUGCCUCGAUCUUAACAGCUGUGCCGCAGUCAGUGUUUAUCUGCAGUACAGGAAACCCGGAUGUGUUAGAUUUUGCCACUGCCUUUGAACAGAUGGACAACAAUGAGUUUGAAAGGUGAGCGUUUGUGAUGAAUAGUGACAAGCAAGCGUUGCUAAAGUAGGCUACAAAUUCCAAGGUUUUCCACCCACCAUGGUCCAUCCUUUGCUCUCACAGGACCCGGAUAAAAUAUAGACUUAACAUUGUACCAUUUAAAAAUAUAUAUGUAUAUACUAUCUGAGGACUGUUCAACUAGAAUGAGACAAUGCCCUCCACAUUGAAUUUGAUGAGUCUGGACAGUGAAAAGUAUCCUUAGAAGCACACAGGCUGGUGUUACUUAUAAUGAGUCUACGCAUAGGAGAAAUGACCAUCUUGUCACAAGAUUAUGCUGCUUCUAAAUGUAUUUUAUGUGACCCUACGUGUGUAUUUCCCUGUUUUGAGAUGUUUCCUGUCGACAUGUUUCCAUUCAUGUUUCGAAGCACUAUUUUGUAGUUUACACUGGUAUGUUUGAUUUUAUUUAUAUAAUAUGGUAGUCAGUGUACAAAGGGAUAGUCAGAUGUUCAGUAUUAAGCAGAAGCUAACUCUUGGGGUGAAUUUACAGUCUUCUUGGGUAUGUAAUAUAUAUUGAUCACUGUCUUAUAAAGAGGAUCAUUGGGAUGAAGUUAUACAAGCAAAUCUGAUCUCUGUCACCUUUGGUUUUGUAAAUAUAUUGCCCUCUCCAGAAACAACCCCUAGCCCCAACUUUCUAGGCGAUUGCAGAGAUCUGGGAGGAUUGGACAGGUGUAGCAAUAUGCCGAUAAUUCCACUCGGCCUGUCAGAAGGCAAGGUGGAGCUAUAACCUAUUUCACUUUGUAUCUAUCCAAUCCUCUCGAGACUUGUUCACACUGCAGGCCUUCACACUGCUCAAAUCAGUUUUGUUUUUAAAAUCUAUUUUGGAAUACUGACUGUCUAAACAGCAAGUUACAAGUGACCAAAUCGGAUUUGUGUGUUCAGACAGCAGUCAUUUGCUGGUUGUCAUAGUAAUGACAGGUGUGUGCACAGUGGUGUAGGCUGAUUGGUGGUACUUCUCAGAAGUUAUGUGGCCAUGGACCUUUCCCAGUUGUUUUGAAUGUUCAAACACUUUUAAGGAUAAGAUGAUCCAACUUUCAAAACAAGUGGUAGCUGUUUAGCUUUAACUAAUGUGUUUAAACAAACUAGUUACCUACUACAUGUUCUUGUCAAACUGGCAACAAGCUAGCAAGCAACAAUAUAUGCCAAUUAAGUCUAAAAACCACAUGAGGGAAAAUCAGAUUUGACUGUUCAACCCAAUUCGAAUGGCCAGGAAUCAAACCACCUACAAGUGUGUUAAGAGUCUAGCUGUUGUUUCUGGAUAGAGGUUGCUUCUGGAUGGGGUCUGUGUUUGGUUUCUUUGCAUAAUGAAGACUGAUUGGCUGCUGCUCUCUCUGAUUAGAGCCCUGAUUGGCCCCAAAUGUGGGCAGGCACAGAGCAUGCUGGGCUGCAGAUGGGGCCUCACCUUCCCCAAUCUCACUCACUCACAGGUGGUUCCAAAAACCCUACUAUUUUGUCCUCGUCUAUCUAAAAGAUUGCUUUUACCAAUGUGGACACAAGCAAGGUAGUAUCUGCAGUAUUCUGUGCAUUUCACUUGUCUGGACUUAAUUGGCAAUUACUUAUAUAUCCAUGUAAAUGUACCCAUGGGAAUAUGUCUGAUGUCCAUAUGAUUAAGGAAAGUCUAGGAUAAUAACUUGUUUGUGUACCUAACUUGAUCUUUUUUGACCAAUGAUUUUGUUCAGCUUGCUAAUUAUCUCCUAAACACAUGGGUCAAGUUAAGUAGGGCACAGAAAAGCCUGCAAUGAAAAACAAGUUAUUUUUGGACAAGUUCAGGUAUAGCCUCUACAAAUCCAAGAGUGGAAGACUCCUCUCUCGUCUCUAACAUGAAGGCUCACUUUUUGUGAACAGUCCCAUCACAAGUCAGAAUGUUGAAUAAACUUAAUUUGAACGUA